CCCGUUGGCAGACGCGGCGCUCCGCCCGCCGGGAGGAGACGCUCGGCGCGGUCUGCCGCUGUUGCCGUCCGGGUCGUCUCCCGCCGCCAGAGCCACGCCGCGCCCGGGCCAUGCAGCGCCUGGCCAUGGACCUGCGGGUACUUUCCCGGGAGCUAUUGCUCUACCUGGAGCACCAGGUCCGCAUCGGCUUCUUCGGCUCCGGGGUGGGCUUGUCGCUCAUCCUCGGCUUCAGCGUCGCUUACGCCUGCUACUACUUGAGCAGCAUUGCCAAGAAACCCCAGUUAGUGACGGGAGGGGAGAGUUUCAACCGGUUCCUCCAGGACCACUGUCCCGUGGUGACAGAAACGUAUUACCCGACCGUGUGGUGCUGGGAGAGCCGAGGACAGACGCUUCUGAGACCCUUCAUCACCUCCAAGCCCCCAGUGCAGUACAGGAAUGAACUUAUUAAAACUGCAGAUGGAGGACAGAUUUCACUGGACUGGUUUGAUAAUGAGAACAGUGCGUGUUAUGUGGACACCAGCACCAGACCUACUAUCCUGUUGUUGCCUGGCCUCACUGGGACAAGCAAGGAAUCCUACAUCCUUCAUAUGAUUCAUCUCAGUGAAGAAUUAGGAUACAGGUGUGUGGUUUUUAACAACAGAGGUGUGGCAGGGGAGAAUCUCUUGACACCAAGGACUUACUGUUGUGCGAACACUGAAGACUUGGAGACGGUUAUCCAUCACAUCCACAGCUUGUACCCUUCUGCUCCUUUCCUGGCGGCAGGGGUUUCAAUGGGAGGAAUGCUGCUUCUGAAUUACUUGGGCAAAACUGGGCCCAAAACUCCUUUGAUGGCAGCUGCAACAUUUUCAGUGGGUUGGAAUACUUUCGCCUGCUCGGAGUCACUGGAAAAGCCACUAAACUGGCUGCUUUUUAAUUAUUACUUGACAACUUGUCUCCAGUCUUCAGUUAAUAAGCACAGGCAUAUGUUCGUAAAAGAAAUUGAUAUGGACCAGGUCAUGAAGGCUAAGUCUAUCAGAGAGUUUGAUAAACGAUUCACUUCAGUCAUGUUUGGAUACAGAACAAUCGAUGAUUAUUAUACUGACGCAAGUCCAAACCGUAGGCUGAAAUCAGUGGGAAUUCCAGUGUUAUGCCUGAACUCUGUGGAUGAUGUUUUCUCACCCAGCCAUGCUAUCCCAAUAGAAAUCGCUAAGCAGAACCCUAAUGUGGCUUUGGUCCUUACUUCCUACGGAGGCCAUAUUGGUUUUCUGGAAGGAAUUUGGCCCAGGCAAUGCACUUACAUGGAUCGCGUCUUCAAGCAAUUUGUGCAGGCUAUGGUUGAGCAUGGACAUGAACUCUCCAACAUGUAGUUCUCUGGGUACAUUAUUUUCAAGCCACCAUUGUGAAGGCACUCAGCUUAGUGCACACAUUUUAACUACUGUAUAUAAAGCCAUUACGCCAGCAGAUGGGUGAAGAGGUCCAGAAUGACAUGCAAAAACUACUUUUUAGGGAAACAAACAACUUUGUAGCAAGAAACUAAAUAUAGUUUAGAUUGUUAUGUCUGUAGAUUAUAUUUUUACUAUGCCUUACCAAGUAUGACCUUAAAUAAAGUAGUCCUUAUAUCCAUGAAUUGCACUUAACCAAAACUAUUGUGGGAAAAGAUUUUAAUUCCUCAGGGUUUUAAUUUAGGCUAGUAUUUUUUUAGAUUACUCAGCUGAGGUGACUUAAUAGUACUUUAAUAACUGUUAAGAGAUUUUUGAUUAUUUGAAUGUAAGUUAUAAGAUGGCACAUUCCUAAGGAUAUUUAUACUUUCAUGAUAACAUGCUGAAAGAAGGUAGUGUGCCAUGUGCUAAGUGUUCUGUGUCCUGACUUUAAAAGGCAAGUGAAACAAUGGCAGACUGACUUCUAUACCUGCUGUUUCACUCUGACAAUAUUAAAUUAGGGCUGAUUUAUGUUUUAUAAUUAUUAUAAUUUACAUGCUUAUUUUUAAAAUAGUAUAUGUGCAUACAUAUAUCAUUAUAUUAAAAUAAAUUCUAUCAUUUUAAAU